AUGCAGGUCAAGGGUGUGAUCGUGGCCCUCCUGGGCAUUACUGCUAUCUCAGACGCUGCUGCGGUUCAACGGAGACACCCCUUUGCUCGCGCACUUCAACGACGACAAUUCGGCGGCGGCUUCGGUGGCGGUAACAACGGCAACAACGGCGGUAAUAACGGCGGCAACCAAGGCAAUAAUGGUGGCAACAACAAUAAUGGCGGAAACAACAACAACAACAACAACAACAACGGAGGUGGCGGUGGUACAACCUUGAACGCGAACAACGUCCAAACUGGCUCCCAGCAAGAUGGUAACAACCCUGGCGCAGACGGCCAAGCAGCCUCAGCGACGGAUGAUGCCAACUUCAUCAACUUCUGCAAUGGUCAGACUCUGACCAACGGUGAGCAGAACCGUGAUGGAUCUUGCAACGGCAUUCCCAUGGGCAAGAUCCCUUCGGCCAACAACAUGGUUUCCUCCGUCUUUACGAGCCCCCAGAACGGUGACGAUAUCCAAGCGAAUCAGGACUUUGACAUCUCAGUUCAGAUGAUCAACUUUGCCCCUGGAUCCUUCACCAAUGCCACUUCUACCUACUAUGCGGCUCCUCAAGAUCUGGAUGGUGGUGGCAACAUCAUUGGUCACACACAUAUCACUGUCCAAGACACUGGCAACUCCUUGAACCCUACCACUCCCCUGGACCCCACGCAAUUCGCCUUCUUCAAGGGUGUCAACGACGCCGGUAACGGCCAGGGUCUCUUGACAGCCAGCGUUGAUGGUGGUCUCCCCGCUGGUAACUACCGUAUCUGCACCAUGGCCUCCGCAUCCAACCAUCAGCCUGUCCUCAUGCCCGUUGCCCAGCGAGGUGCCCAAGAUGAUUGCAUUCGCAUCACUGUUGGUGGUGGUGGCGGCGGCGGUGGUAACAAUAACAACAACAACAACAACGGAGGCAACAACGGUGGUAACAACGGUGGUAACAACGGUGGUAACAACGGUGGUAACAACGGCGGCCAAGGCCAGAACCAGGGCGGCCAGAACCAAGGUGGUCAGAACGGUGGCCAGAACGCAGGUCAAGAUCAAAACCAGGGUGGUCAGAAUGGUGACCAGAACCAAGAUCAAAACCAGGGCGGUCAAGAUCAGAACCAGGAUCAAAACCAAGAUCAGAACCAAGAUCAGAACCAGGACCAGAACCAAGAUCAGAACCAGGACCAGAACCAGGACCAGAACCAGGGAGAUCAGAACCAGGGCGGAGACCAAGCCCAGGGAGAUCAAGCUCAGGGAGACCAGGCUCAAGGUGGUGACCAGGCUCAAGGUGGCGAUCAGGCCCAAGGUGGUGAUCAGGCCCAAGGCGGCGAUCAGGCGCAGGGUGACCAGGCUCAAGGUGACCAGGCUCAAGGUGAUCAGGCCCAGGGCGGAGACCAAGCUCAGGGCGGCAACCAAGGUGGUAACCAGGGUGGUCAGGGCGGCCAGGGCGGUCAGGGUGGUGGCAGAGGAGGUGGCAGAGGCGGCUUCGGCGGUGGUAAGGGCUUCGGAGGUGGCAGAGGAGGAUUCGGUGGCGGUGCUGGUGGAUUCCAAGCAGCGUCGGUCGGCGGUGACUCUCGCAACCAGACGGAGGCCGAUGACGGCACCAAAUAA